AAAAUUUCUGUAAUAGUCAUCCUUCUCUCUCUAGACUUUCUAGCUAGGUUUUACUACUGUAAUUGACUGGGAAGGAUUUCUCCGAUGGGUUCAAACCCAGAUCCAGGCGGCGUUGUUGACCAGCCGCCGGCGAGUUUUGAUGAAUUUCAGCGUCAGGCGUCUCUAAUGACUAGUUGUACUUUGCUGUGGAAGGAGCUCACGGAUCACUUCACGUCUCUUGAGCAAGAUAUUCAGAAGAAAUCUGAGGCGAUCAAGAGGAAGAUCGGGAAUCUAGAUGCUCAGACGAAAGAUUCUCUUGAUUUUCUUGAGAAACGGGAAACUACGAUCGAUGGUUCUAUCUCGAUGUUGCUUGAGAAGAUGAAGGGACGGACGGAGGCUGCGAUUACCGCUCUGGGAACUAAAAAAUGUGAUGAAUUUGACGGCAUUGAUGGAGGGGGAGUAGGUGGAGAGGUGGAUGAUGGAGAAGGUUUGCUUUUGAAUUUGAGUUCUUACUGUAGUAGAAUGAAUUCCAAGGGUUUUUGGGGGUUUGUGACUCUUAGGAAGAAGGAAUUGGAGUCUGUGAGGGCUCAAAUGCCGGCUGCUUUGGCUGAUUGUGUGGAUCCGGCUAGGUUCGUCUUGGAGGCGAUUUCUGAGGUUUUUCCUGUGGAUAAAAGGAAGGACAGGACUGAGAGAGUUAAUGAUUUGGGCUGGGCUUGUGUCUUGAUACUGGAGUCCUUGAUACCCGUGGUGGUUGAUCCCAUCCUUGGAAAAUCUCGGCUUUUGGUUACUCCAAUCAUGAAGGAACGAGCUAAGGAUAUAGCCGAGACGUGGAAGUUAAGCUUGGAUGAACGCGGUGGGAUUGAAAACGUUAAAACUCCUGAUGUACACACGUUUUUGCAGCACCUGGUCACUUUUGGCAUCUUUAAGAAGGAAGAUCUUGAUUUAUACAGGAAACUGAUUAUUGGGUCUGCUUGGAGGAAGCAAAUGCCAAAACUUGCUGUUUCACUUGGAUUGGGCGAUAAAAUGCCUGAGAUGAUUGAAGAACUGAUUGGAAGGGGACAGCAGGUUGAUGCAGUGCAUUUCAGUUACGAGGUUGGACUUGUUGACAAGUUCCCUCCUGUCCCUCUACUGAAAGCUUUCCUGAAGGAUGCAAAGAAAACUGCAGGUUCUAUUUUAGAGGAUCUCAACAACUCUGGCCGAGCCUCGCCUCAGGCUGGUGCUGCGAAGAAGGAGCAGUCAGCACUUAGGGCUGUGAUAAAAUGCAUUGAAGAAUACAAACUAGAAGCAGAAUUCCCUCCAGAAAACCUGAAAAAGAGGCUUGAACAGUUAGAGAAGGCAGUUAAGACAGAGAGGAAAAGACCAGCUGCAGUCCCUGCAAACAAGCGAACUAGAGCUAGCAAUGGAGGGCCAAUGCCACCAGCUAAGGCAGGACGUUCAACAAAUGCAUAUGUUUCAUCAUUCCCUACUAAUGCCGUUCCAGCUUUCAUGAAAUCACCAUCUCCCCCGACCCACUAUGGUGGUGGUGGUUAUCCGGUCUCCCCUGUGAUGUAUGGAAACAGAAGCCCUCCAAGCAGCAGCCCUUAUUCUGCAUACUCAUCACCAGAAGCUGGUGUACCUCAUCUGAUAGGAUCAUACCCAGUUGCUCCCCCACCAAUGAACUAUUCUCCAUAUGGAGGAGGGUACGGUAAUGCCAUGCCACUACAAUACCAGCCAGCUUACUACCGAUAGACUUGAUGACCACAACAUGGUUACUGCUGAUAUUAUGAUAUAACUGCCUGCCUGCCUGCCUUACCUACCUACCUUUUAGAUGGUCUGUAAUCAGUAAUCACUAACCUUUUUAAUGGUAGCUGAUAUCUGUGUGUUAAUUUUCAUGUUAAAACUAAAACUACUUUAAAUGUUGAUUAUAUAGACUUUGUAGUA